AUGUUCCUUGUCGAAGAUAGGAAAAUUCGAAAAGAACUUCCCAAAGCAGUAAAUGAUGAGGAUACUUUUUCGAUUGCAGAGACAGUUGAUUCUGAUUGCUCUCAGUCGCAGAUGAAUGAACAUGAGGAAGCUUCGAACAUAAAACUUGAGCAAGAGUAUCACGACGAUCAAUUUUCCGAUGUUAGCUCGGUUAAGGAUCAGCAUUUUCAGCAAGAGUCUGGUUUUAAUCAGGACCAUCAGAGUCAAGAUAAUACACCGAAUGAUUCGAAAGAACAUUCCCAGGAAGAGAAAACAUCUGAUCCAAAACAACCUCGAGUUGAAGUUCACCACAUAAAUACGCUCUCUUCAAACCAUAAAAUAAAACUCUCAAUGUUCAAGGAAACUGAUAAUUGCGAAGCAUGGGUAAGAAAAUGUGAAUUUAUCAUCAACUUGGGAGGGGUAAAAAAUGCAUUCAAGAAGAUAAGUCACAUGUGUAGCCACCUCCCAGAGCCCAUUCAAGAAACAGUUAUCCUUGAGCUUGCUGAACUUGAGGAAAACCAGAUCACCAUCCAAGAAUUCAUCAAAACUCUGAACAAAGCUUGCAGAAAGAAUGAAUUCCAGUAUGAAACCCUCUUUACCAAACUCAAAUACAAUGAGGAAGAGCAUUUGAAUUUGAGAAACUUCUACUACCGAGUAAAACAGCUGGUAAAGCAGACCAUCGGUGAAGGAUGUGAUAAAAUGGUUGAGAAAGUGGCUUUUAAAGAAUUUUUGAACAAAUUGCCGCAGAAAAUCCAAAAAUCGGAAUUCCUCCUUGAAUACCGAAAGGAAAAAACAAAUCUCAUGGACAUUGUUGAUAAAUGCGAAGAACUGUAUGAAAAAUUUCGAAAAGGUGACUAUACUGAAGUCAAUGGUAUGUCACACCACAAAAGGGGCUCGAAAAAGCCAAGUCAAAAGUUUUCGAGAGGUUUCAAAAAACCAUCGAAACCUUCCCUGAAUAAUUUCGAAAAGAAACUCACCUGCUACUUUUGUGGCAAACAAGGUCAUCGAAAAUCUGAGUGCCGAGCACUCAAGGCAGAGAAAAGGAAAUACAGUCCUACCCAGACAUAG